UGGCCACACCAACUUGUACGGAGUAUGCUACAUACCUCUGUAUGUAUGUUGCUCUUUUCUUGUCCUCCCGUCCUUGGUCAAUUUUGGCGGCCAAGUCCAAGUCAGGUCCAAGUCAGGUCCAAGUCAAGCCAAAGUCAGGUCGAAUCAGGACGAGCCAUCCCGCGUGGCCCCAAUCUCCCCAUUGGUCUCCUCCCCCUCCGGCCCCAAUAUCCUUUCCUGCACACCAUCAAGGCCUUGCGAACCUAACUCCCCCGGCUUCUUCUUUCCCUUCGAACCAGAGGCCCGAGUCUUGGUUGAAUCCUCACUGCCUGGAGAUACCCUUGAGCAGAACCCAAUCCCCAAGGUGCUUACUGUGCUUACCUUGGACAUUGAAUCCUCCUCCGCCUCUCCUUGCCGUCACUCACCCGUCGCCCUCUCAGCUUCAUCUCUCGCCUCCCCUUCCGCCUCCCCCUCCCUCCCCCUUCUCCUCCCAACCUCUCCGCCCGAAUCUGACCCUGUGUCCUCGUGCGCGUCCUCGUGGUUCUGAGCCUUGUGCCCUGCCCUGCCCUGCCCUGCCCUGCCCUGCCCUGCCCUGCCCUAUCCGUCCAGUAUAAUCCACUCCCCGGUACGGAUCACGGAGCUGGUAACCACCUUCGGAUGUUAGUGUUCGGCACAAGCUGCUGAGGCUCUCGGUCAUAAUAAGCCUGUUGCUGCUAGUCCAGGUUCCGUGCGAGACCCAUCAACAACAGACACAGCCUAGCCAGUCCCGCCAAACCCACGCCAGCCUUCGAUCGCCGUUGCCCUCCAGCCCAUCUCGUCUCUUUGUUCACCAACCUCGUCGUUCUUUCUAAAGUCGUUCAUUUCCUCCCCACCUGUUGGACACACAUAUACACACAUCCCACACUAUAGCUACAUGGGACUGCACCCCGCCUCGUCCGUGGCAUAGCACGCCGGCCCUGGUCACCCUCACCACCAACGCGAUUCCACUGCCAAACCACCCGCGACGAGAGAACAGAACCAGACUGAAAUCAUCAACCCAUCCCGCUUCCAGUCUCUUCCCACAGGACGUCAUCCCUUCCGCCCCGCAACGGGCCACGCCUUCCUGUCGCCAUACACCUUUUUUCCCCUUUCUUACCUGGACUCUUCUCUCCCUCCCUGCUCUCUUGGCCCAUCGUCCUCUUCGAGGCACAGGAGUACCGACGGUACCUCGCCGGGAUCUGAAGCAUUCGACCCCAAGGAAACAGAUGCGCCAUGGCCACCACCGAGCAGUCCCGUCCCGCUUCGCAGAAGCUCCCCGCAGGGUUGGCUGGUGUUCUAAACCCCUCCGACGACAAUAGGGAUUCGGCUUACUACUCGAGCACCGACGCCUCUAGCAAACACACUUCGGCCGCAUCGUACCAUGCUGUCAAUGUCUUCAGCCCUACGAAUGGCGGCUUCCACCAGUCACAAAACGACAAGACGCCCUCGCCCACCACCACCAACCUGCUCCCGCAGCCUCUGAUAUCUCCCGUCACCAGCAACAUGAGCGUUGCGUCAAUCGUGUCUCCGACCAGCCCCGCGGGCCCCGACGCGCGGUACGUGGACCGCCACCUAUCCAUCGACUCUGCCCCAAACAGCGCCACAUUGGCCGUCGACGCGGGCGAGCCCAUGUCCAGGCGCGAGAGUGUCGACAGCCGCAUGAACCAAGAUUUCGGGGGGAUGAGGCUAGGCGCAUCACCCUACGCGAGCAACAACCACUCCACGACGUCGAUCCAAAACACCCUGCAACAACAGCGGAAUCCCAGGACAGGAGGCUUGGAGAGCUUGUCGGUCCAUCGCAUCUCGAAUGGCUACCAGCCCAGCACCGAGCGCAACCCAAUUGAUGGCACCAUCAAGGUCGUCCGUACCGCGCCGACGAUCACGGGCCCCACCACCGGCACCAUAGCUCGCGCUGCCGAGCCCACCAAAGGACAGGCAUGGGCCUUCCCGGAAGAGGAGCUGCAUCGCAUGCCCUCGGGGGCUCAGUCGCUCAUCGACUCGAGGCGGAGUAGCGUGGCGGAGUCAUUCGCCAGCAGCCAAUGGACUGCCGAGUCGAGACUGCCACCAGGCCAACGGAGGUUGGACGAGGGCCUCACGCCUCCCGAUUAUCAGCGUAUGUCGAGCAAUUCGGGCGAGUUCCCCGCCGUCCACCAUCACUCCCUACAACACAAGCAGCUCGGGGACCUACAGGCCGAGGACGCUGCCGCGCAGGCCGGUGCACAGCCGUACAGCAGGACACCGGAGCUACGGGUAAGCCACAAGCUCGCCGAGAGGAAGCGCAGGACGGAAAUGAAGGAACUCUUUGAGCAAUUGAGGGAUCUGAUGCCGCAGGAGCGGGGCUCCAAGGCGUCCAAGUGGGAAAUUUUGUCCAAAGCAAUCACCGAACACCAACGACAGUCUGACACCAUCAAGUACCUGCAGCAGCAGAACCACACGAUUGUGAGUGACGUGGACAUGAUGAGGCGAGAGCUUGCCGCGGCGAGGAUGGAGAACUCGCAGCUGAGGGGGGAACUGAGCGCUGUGUCGUCCAGCCAGGGCGCUGGUUCCCACAACUCGGCACCUCCUACCGCCUCGUUUGCUCAGAAAGAUGCACAGCGCCCGGAGCUCCCCCCCCUACGAUCCCUCAGCGGUGAGGUACCAACGGCUCCCGAGUCCAUGGCGGGCGUCCAGUAUGAGCAGCCUAGAUUCGGCGGCUACCGAGCACCUGAUGCCAGAUAUUAGAGGGGCAUUGUGUGGGCCCAGUACCCUCAGCGCCGACAGCCUACCUGGGAUCCGCCGCGAAUAAUGCUCAAGAGCUCGGGUAGCUUAUCCGAGACACAUGGUGCGCGACCGGAUGGAUCUGCUGAACCGCGACAGCCAGUAUCGGACUGCGAUGAUGCGACCGCCAGCAUUUUUGACAAGCACAAGCACAAGCACGGGCGCCUUUGUUUCAGCUGGAUCGUCCAUCUCAACUUUCAUUAUGGGGAUGAUUUGAUGGCGUACGAAAUGACGAUACCUUUUCUGGGCAUUUCCUCUGAUACCUAGUGGAUUAGCCCCUUCACAAACGUUGACGUGAACCGGAGUCUCGGACGGUGGCAGGCCAACGAGCCUGCGCCUUUAGCUCUAUGCGCCCGUUUGAUAACGGCAGCGGUGGCUCCUCUUGUGUUCAUUUCCCUCGACAGCUUGUUCUUCCCGGCCAUAGCCUGUCACAGGCACGGUCGGACCAGGACCAGGACCAGGACCAGGGAUCGCUUCACUUUUCCUCUUUUCCCUGCACCAGGCACGUUGCAGGUUCCUUUUGUCUAUUCAGAGAGAAAAGAAGAGACGUGGCGGAUUUUGCGGCCAAACGGGCUGUGCCCAUUCUAAGGCUUUGGUUUUCUCUUUUAUGUUUCUGGCGGUGGGGGGGGGGGGGGGGAGAAAGAGUCAAGAGAGGCUCGGGCAUGCCGGGUUGCCAGUUUUACUUUGUGUGCUCUCGGUUCUAUGUUGAUUGAUGGAUUGCAUAUACCCAUUGUAACUUCACUAAGGCGUCUGUUCACGGUUGUGGUGGUGCGGGAGUGAUUGUCUCGAUACGGACGGGCCUUUUCAGCCCUGGGAGACAGGGGGAACUGCUCAACGUACAGACACCUCUCCUAGGGACUACUACUACUACUACUACUACCUGGGGGACAAGCCAGACAUUCUGGGAUCGCAACGGUGCUUGCGAGAAUAUUAGGCAGUGGACUGGGGGAUCAAAAACUGGGGUGUGGCGGUGGGGGAAAGAGGGCCAGAUGUGUUUUUUUUUAUCUGUGUCCAAGGUCUAAUGAUCAUUCUCCGGGAAAAGAGGGGUGUCGGGAGAUACGGAGAACAUGGAGGAGUCACGUUUAUUAGAUUAACUGUGAGGAUGUACAAGCACGUCUUGUCAGCGCUCGGCAAUGCUUGUCGGAUCCCAGCGGAGGGACAGCACAGGGCUCCAUAAUCUAAAUCAAAUAUAUCUAUCUA